CGGCGCUGCCAGGCCCGGUUCAUCGAACGCGGCCGCGGGGACUCGCUCGCGUGUGCGGCGCGGGUCCUCGUUGUCAGCCAUGGCCUCCCUGCUCGCCAAGGACACCUACCUGCAGGAUCUGGCCAGGAAGAUCUGCGCCCAGCCCAGCCCCGAGCUGCCAAGGCGCCAGCGGGCUGGUAAAACACAAGGCUCAGAAACUGUGGGUCCCCCAAAAAAGAAAAGGAAAAAAACACAAAAGAAAUUCCAGGAGAAACAACAGAAGGCUGCAGAGCACAAGGCAAAAUCCCUGGGGAAGAAGUCUCCAGCUGCUUCUGGGGCCAAGAAGACACCAGCAGCCAAAGCAGAGAACCCCAGUCCCCCAGGAUCCCCUGCAGAUGUCCAGGCCACAGAGCCUGACUCUGUCUUUGCGUUGGAUGUCCUACGACAGCGGCUGCACGAGAAGAUCCAGCAGGCUCGUGGCCAGGGCAGCACCAAGGAGCUGUCUGCUGCCACGCUGGAGAAAAGGCAGCGGAGAAAGCAGGAGCGGGAGCGAAGGAAGCGGAAGCGGAAGGAGCUGCGAGCCAAGGAGAAGGCUGCGAAGGCCGAGAAGGAGGAGCAGGCAGCGGAGGAGGCUCCCCCCGAAGUGACCGGCAAGAAGCCGCAGGAGCCGGGGCUGAUCUUCAGUAAGGUGGAGGUGACCGAGGAGCCGGCCAGCAAGGCGGAGCGCAGGAAGGUGAAGGGGAACCUGACCCCGCUCACGGGCAGGAACUACCGGCAGCUGCUGGAGCGCCUGCGCGCGCGGCAGGACCGGCUGGAGGAGCUGCGCGAGCAGGACGCCGGCAAGGCCCGGGAGCUGGAGGCCAAGAUGAAGUGGACCAAUUUGCUGUACAAGGCCGAGGGUGUGAAGAUCCGCGACGACGAGCGCCUGCUGCAGGAGGCCCUCAAGCGCAAGGAGAAGCGGAGGGCGCAGCGGCAGCGCCAGUGGGAGAAGCGCUCAGCGCACGUGGUGGAGAAGAUGCAGCAGCGGCAGGACAAGCGGCGCCAGAACCUGCGCAAGAAGAGCGCGGCCCGGGCCGAGCGGCGCCUGCAGAAGGCCCGCAAGAAGGGCCGGAUCCUGCCCCAGGACCUGGAGCGGGCCGGCCUCUCCUGAGCGGCCAAGCCCCAGGCCCCGGGGCAGGUGCUUUCCCUGCCCGCCUGGACUUGAGGACACUCCGGGUGGUAGGUGAUUGUGGUGCAGGUCCACUGUGCUGAUCUUGGGUCCCCCACGUGAGGUGAACAGAAUCCUUGUACCCCACAGCUACUGUGAGGGCUCAGGUCAUGUGCUAAAAAGAAUGUUUCAACACUGCCCUUAAGAAACAGGGCCAUCACUGAGAGUUCAUUUAGCUUUCCAGUUUAUCAUGAAAUCCCUGUCCAGCCAACCUUGAUAGUGAGCCGUAUGUAGACGUAGUGUCAGAACAUCUUCAGAAAUCCAGAGAGCACAGAUUGAUGUCCUUGGUGUCACUUAGGUUUGCAGUUACUAAAACUGGAGAAAAUUCCACUGUUGAGCAUUGUUUAGGUUUUCUAACACAAGUCCAGACCAGCAAAUCAAAUGGUGCUUCCUAGUGAAAAGAUUAAGAGCUGUUCAUCUCGCACAUGGGUUUCCCUCAUAUAAACAUCUCCUGGCAAGGAUGAGUGCAAUGGACAGUGACAGCAGCAACAAAAGUCUAGCAAUGAAGGGUGCUGGUUGUUCUCACUAGGGUCGGGAGAAGAGAGUACAUAUUCGUAAAGAACAAAGUUUUCUUUCUAAGGUUUUUCAUUUGUGGCAAAAUUGGAAUCUGCUGCAUUGUGAAGUUAUAAACUACAAUGUUUUUUGUUUUUUUUUCCUAAAAGUGAGGUUCACAAGGCAGUCAGAUAAACUUUAUUUCUUAAAUAUUUUUGGUGUUUUUUUUUUUCCUUUUUAAAAUUGAUGUAUUUAUAAGUCCUCAGUUAGACAGUAGCACACAUGUACACCGCUAAAAAUGGUGUUUGUCAGAAUCUAGUUAAAGAUGAGCAACAAAGCACUGCGGGCUGUGCAGUGACCUGGUGCUCACCAAGCCCGUGCUCCUGCUCACUCUAAUUCAAACAGUUCUGCGUUGUACUGAACAGAGACAUUGUUGCCGUUUCAAACAUUUACCUUUGUUUAACACGUGCCUCCUCCCCCUUGUAACUAGUUGUCAUUGAAAAUAUUUAAAAUUUUGCAAUUAAUUUGACAAACAUGGAUCAGUGUCAGUACAUGUCAUAUUUUUGGACUCUGAUUCACUAAUAACAUAUGUGAGUAAUUGAACAGUUUUGACAUAUGUCUAAAAAUGGUUUUAUGUUGUGACUUGUUAGACUUUUUCACCCUUUUCCCUUAAGAUUGCAAAUUAAACUUUUAAAUUCAAGUGCCAUUUUUUUUUCUUUUUCUU